UUCAUUGUUAUUAUCUUGGCCGCCGGGAUGGUGGCCUUCAUCGGAGCGGUUAUCUGCAUCAUCGCCGCCGUCCACACCGGAUCCUCCAAGGCUGCCGCGGCUCCACAGCAACCAGCAACCGAGAACCAGUCGCUGUAUCCGGACUCCAUAGCGCACACUCCGGCUGCCGGGGGCUCCGUGGCCCGCGCGGGCUCCUUGGGCGCUCUCCAUGGUUCUGAAACACCCGAUUCAGAAGCGCCAACCUUCAACGUCGGGCUCAGCGGGCUGGAUGGGGUCACCGGACUCACCGGACACGACCCUACGGUCAGUCGACUCAUCUGCACGCCCAUCCCCGCCGGAGAGUGCAACCCGAGAAACUUUCAGCAACAAGCGGAUGACCCGUCGUUGGCCGCCGGGGAGGACUGGGGCUACCUCCGCAACGCCGCUGAGGAGCUCCGGCAAACCGUCCUGCAGCAGAAGGACCAGAUACUAACAGACCAGCGGACCAUCAGAGAGCUAACGGGGAAACUAUCCGAGUGUGAGAGGGGGAUGGACGGCCGCAGCAGUGCAAACAGACGGGGAAGCGCCGCGGGUCUAUGGGGGGGCAAAGGCGCAGUGACAGAGAAGCACCCCGACCGGGUCAUGCUGCGGGACAGCCCCGCUUCUGCGCCCGACAGUGUGCACCUCCUCACCAUCCGGGCUGUGGAUGAACUCGAGGAGGCUAUCACUCAGCUCAAAGACCGCAUCGAGAGACUAGAGUCAGAUAUUGGCCCAUUUCCUCACAACCAGACGGACACCAGUGACUCCAGAGUGCCAGGGGGAGGUGGACUGUCUGGUGGCCCAGAAAGUUUGGCUGAUCCUGGACAUGGAGCUGGAGCAGGCGGGCCCUGGAGGAUGGAAGACAUAGAGGGAGAGCUGGAGAAGAAGGUGGAGCUGCUGGAGAAAGAGCGAAAAGCCCUAAGGAUGGAAACACAGAGGCACAGACAAGAAAUCAACCAAGGCAUCAAUAAACUACACCACCGCAUCUCAGGACUGGAGAAAGGUAUCUCAGGGCACUCUUUCCCAGAAGGCUACAGGCUGUCCUUCCCAUCACGGACAAACUACAUGUACGCCGUUUUGAGGCACCCCAUCCCGGAGCUGUUGGCCUUCACUGUCUGCUUGUGGCUGCGCCCCGCCGAGGGAGGCAUCGGUACCCCCCUGUCCUACGCUGUUCCCGAGCAACCGAAUGAGCUGGUGCUGCUGCAAGGCCUGCACACCCCCACCGAGCUGCUUGUUAAUGACAAGGUGGCGCAGUUGCCUCUGAACCUGUCCCGUGGCAGCUGGCAGCACAUCUGUGUGAGCUGGAACCAGAAGGGCGGAGCCUGGCAGGCCUACCAGGGGGGCAAGCUGAGGGGCGAGGGCCACGGACUGGCACCCGGGCACCACAUCAGACCUGGAGGAAUGCUCAUACUGGGGCAGGAACAGGACUCCCUGGGUGGGGGUUUCGACUCAUCCCAGGCCCUGGUCGGGGAGCUGUCCCAGGUGGGUCUUUGGGACCGGGUCCUGACAUCCAACCAGGUGGCCAGCCUGGCCCGCUGCGGCAGAGUCACGCAGGGCAGCGUGGCCCCCUGGACCGAGAGGGCAGUGGAGGUUUCAGGCGGAGCCACCAAGGAGCCCGGGGAGCCUUGUAGUAAACACAGCAGAAGCUCUCAGUGACAGACAGCAGA